AUGCCAGGCACAAAGUGCUUUCAACACAUGAUUGAGAUCCCGGAGCCUAGAGAGUGGGAGUUGUCAGGAUAUGAGGCUUCUGUGCCAAUCAUGGAGAAGUCAAACCCACCCCGGGACUUGGACAAAGCUAAUGCAGAGCAAAUUGUUCAGUUGCUGGGCCAAUGUGAUGCUGAGAUCUUCCAGGAGGAGGGGCAAAUUGUACUCACAUACCAGCGGCUAUACAGCGAAUCCAUUCUGACCACCAUGGUCCAAGUGGCUGGGAAAGUUCAGGAAGUGCUGAAGGAGCCAGAUGGAGGGCUGGUGGUGCAGAGCGGAGGAGGCACCUCUGGCAGAAUGGCGUUCCUCAUGUCGGUUUCCUUUAACCAGCUAAUGAAAGGUCUAGGACAGAAACCUCUUUAUACCUACCUCAUUGCAGGAGGUGACAGGUCUGUGGUGGCCUCCAGGGAAGGGACAGAAGACAGUGCCCUGAGUGGGAUUGAGGAACUGAAGGAGGUGGCUGCAGGGAAGAAGAGGGUGAUUGUCAUUGGCAUUUCAGUGGGACUCUCUGCUCCCUUUGUGGCAGGCCAGAUGGACUACUGCAUGGAUAACACAGCUGUCUUCUUGCCAAUCCUGGUUGGUUUCAACCCAGUGAGCAUGGCCAGAAACGACCCCAUUGAAGACUGGAGUUCUAGAUUUCAACAAAUAGCAGAGUGGAUGCAGAAGAUGCAAGAGAAGCAGGAAGCUUUUGUGCUCAAUCCUGCAGUUGGACCUGAGGGUCUCAGUGGCUCCUCCCAGAUGAAAGGUGGAAGCACCACCAAGGUCCUGCUGGAAACCCUGCUCUUGGCAGCACACAAGACGGUGGACUGGGGCAUUGCAGCCUCUCAGAAGUGCCUCCUGGAAAUCUUGCACACAUUCGAGCGGGCUCAUCAGGUCACCUACAGUCAAAGUCCCAAGAUUGCUUCGUUAAUGAAGCAAGUCAGCACCAGCCUGAAGAAGAAAGGCCGAGUGCACCUGGUUGGCUGGCAGACCCCGGGUAUCAUUGUCAUCAUAGAUGGAGUGAAGUGCAUCCACACCUUUGGCGCUGAUUUUUGAGACAUCCGUGGCUUUCUCAUUGGUGAUCAUAGUGACAUGUUUAACCAGAAGGCUGAGCUCACCAACCAGGGUCCCCAGUUCUCUUUCUCCCAAGAGGGCUUCCAGUUGUGCAUCCUGCCCUCCAUCACGGAAAAUGACACUGUAGUCUUCAUUUUCACCCUGGAUGACAAUCUCUCAGAGGUGGAGAUGCUGGUGCAGCAGGUGAAAGAGAAGACCUCGAGUAUCCAGGCACUGGCACACGGCACUGUGGGGCAGUCCCUGCCGCUGUCCUUGAAGAAGCUCUUUCCCUCCAUCAUCAACAUCACAUGGCCACUGCUUUUGUUUGAGUAUGAAGGUAACUUUAUCAAGGUAUGGGGCAUGAGAAGUUUCCAGCGUGAGUUAAGCACCAAAUGGGUGUUGAAUACAGUGAGCACAGGAGCCCACGUGCUUCUUGGGAAGAUCCUACAAAAUCUCAUGUUGGAAACUCGCAUCAGCAACUCCAAGCUCUUGUGGCAGGCACUGACCAUGCUGCAGAGGUUCUCUGGACAAUCCAAGGCUUGAUGCAUUGAAAACCUCCUCCAAGCAAUUCACUUGCUCCAGCUGCUGUCGGAUGAUAUUUGGGCUGCUCCCAUCUCCCGUCACAUCCAGGUUUCACACUGCAAGGAUCAGGUGAUCCCGGUUGCAUUGCUGAGCCUCCUCUUCCGGUGUUCAACCUCUGAGGCUCAGGUGCACCUGGCUGCAGUCUGUGAGGCUCUUCGGAGCGCCCUCACCCGGCUGGGUCGGAAGCGCAGCGUGGACCCACUGCAGACUCCAGAACCAACCACACAGUGA